UGCUCCGGUUCCUACACGGCAAGCUUGUCCCUUUACCAUGGCCUAAAUCUUCAAGUACUACAAUAGCAAUAUUUUCUAAAUUCUCAAGUAAUUAAUUACAUACGUAAAUAACCGGAAAAAAUGGCGUUAAUGCUAAGAAAAUCAGUUUUACCCAAAAACAUUUCUUUAUUGAAAUGUAUGAAGGGGCGGCCCAUCGCCUCUUCCAGCUUCAGGAAAAACCCAGCUGUUCUAUCUAACAACGCUUGGAAGAAAGUCAUCCGAGGAUACUCGCGGAAACAAUUUGUACACCCUGAGCCAAGAGUAAAGAAGAUGCAGAUAAAACCGAAUACUACAAGGCAGUUCAUUCUACCACGCAGAUGUAUGUCAUCACCUUGUAUAUCAACUAGAAUUCCGGAACGCUUUUCGACCUGUCUAAGAAAUUCACGAUCCACGACGAUGCAGACCAGGCCUCUGUUACAAUACCGAUGUUACUCUCGGGUCUGCGCUGCGCAGGCCCUAAGCGCUGCUGGAACUUGCAGCUGCCUCCCUCCACCUUGCGAUUGCCCACCCAAAUGCAUCCAAUACAUGACUGGUUAUUACUACUAUCCGUACGGCACUUGGUUUUGCGGACCUUACCAUGUGUCUGGGACCUGCACUCCAUGUGGCGGCCCCGUGACAGCUGGAGGGCCGUGUGGACCGGGUGGUCCCUGUCCUGGAACUCCAUGCGGCCUUCCCGGCAUUGGUCCGUGUAAAUGCGGCCCCUGUCUGCCGUGCUGUGGGUGCAUCUUGGAAAAUGGUAACACAAACAACUACAUGAUGUCGCAUCCGCACUGCGUACCUUUUGUCUCAGGCGUUCCUGGACCAUUUCAGGGAACAGUAGACAUGUAUGGACAGUUUGGGUCAGGCUUAAGCAGUGGAUCGUUAGGUUACAAUGCAAAUGGUUUCCAUGAUCCAAUGAAUGUAUUUGCGUCACACGGAGUACCUGGUGGCUUCCACAACGCGCCCAUGGAUUUUUCAGGACAAUAUACUUACCCUUACACUCCGUACCAGGCGUCGUAUCCGCAACAAACAUUUGAUCCUAACAUGCCGUUUAAUCCUUCGCAAGAUAAUACUUAUAACCAAGGAUGUGGGCCGUGUUUCAAUGUUCCAAUCCAACCUGUUGAAGUGGAACCGUUCAUGAUGCCCGAAAACCAACCACAACCUGGAUUUUACAUGCAACCGCAACCAGCACCAGAAAUAAAGCCAAAAACGAAAUGCAAUGCCUUUCCAUUACACCGAAAGCAAGAGGAGAGUAAGGACUCCAAAGGAAUCUCGUCCUCAGCGGAAUGUCUUACAUCAGCAGCCUACCCUUAUAGACCUAAUCCGUUGCCAAAAUCGCCCAAGUUUCAAAUCCCAACACCGUAUAAAACUAGAUUUGAAAAACCCAGACCAUAAGUCGAUAUGUAAAAAUAGUUUUUCGGAUAAAACAUUUAAAAUCCGAGUAACGUAAAUAUUGACUUUGGUGAAAGACUAAAAAAUGUACACAAAUUUAGUUGUUAAAUUAACUAUAUUAAGAUUAAAAUAAAACAUUCAACAUUGA